CUUGAUUCAUUCGGACAUUCAUUGUUCGAGUACUAAUAACAUAUUGGAAAUAUUAAAUAAAUAAAAAAAAUUUUUCAUAUUUAUUUUAAAAAAGUUUGAAUGUAAUACAAGUCCAAGUCCAAGUUAUAAUUUAUUAAACUUUCUUACAGAAUCUUACGCAACUCUCAACGUUCUUAUCAACAGCCAAACUAAAAUCAACUGAUAACAUACUGUAUUAAACACAACGAAGUAUCACAGCUCAGUGUUUCAGAUAGAAAUGGUGGUUCAUUCCAGGCAUGCUCUUCUAUAUAUAAAUUGCCCCUGCUCUCAUCUACCCUUUGCGUUCAACCCUGCACUUACUCGAUUCCACUCCCAGCUACAAAUUUCUUCGAUCUGAUCCUCUCAGCGCUCUGUUUAGAUACAUAUGUUUGCUCCCAUACUUACAGUUGUAGCGGUGGUGAGGAACUGAUAUAUAUUUAUCUCUGCGAUGGUGGUGGCGGUGGCAGUGUGUUGCCUUUCUUUUCCUCAUUAAUAUUUCGUUGGUGGAGCGAAAACAGAGCGACCACAACAGAGCGGCAGAAUAGCUCAACAACAGCACAACAGAGUGCAAGUUUCUCGCUGUUUCUCUCACCGUCGUCGACGUCAUCAUCGUCGCUGUGGCAAUUGUCGUUAUGGUUUAGGCCGUUUCAUCGCUUUCGUCGCGUUAGUCGUUGUUGGGUAUAUUGUGAACGUAAUCGACGUCAGUCAAAAUACAACAAACUGGCAUUUUGAUGGCGCAUUCGUUCGAUGGCAACGGUUCGGAUUGGAGCAGCAGGCGAGCGCAUUGUUUUAUUAUCCACUUUAUCACCAUUUAUUGUUAUUGCCAUUGUGGUCUUUUAACGCUCGAUUCUCUGUUUGGUACUAUUCAGUAUAGCUAAUGCCAUCAUACUCAAACAGUUCUAGUUGGUAAAAUAUGAAACUACUGAAACAACAAAAACAGCAGUGAUAGUGACAGCGCCAAAAACAUCAACAACGACGGCAGCAUUUUAGUGCCAUUGACAGCGGUUUGAUUCGGUGAAAAUACUCGCUAUCGGACUGCUAUCAAAACGCUAUCGUAAGCCAGCAACACAUAUCAAAGCGCUGCGGCGUUCAGUGUGGUGCAGUGCAGUAGUGUCAAAUUAGAGUAAUAUAGAAUCGCGGCAGUGACGAAUAAAAGUCAUCAAAGCAAACGAAAACGCAAACGCAAACGACGGUAGUAGUAACAGCAACAGUCGUCUGGCAGUCAGGCAGUGAGUUAGACAAUUGUUCAGUGCAGCGGCAGCGUUCGUAACGAAAUCUCGGUUUGGUGGCUUUGACGCUAAUAAAUUUGAUUAUUAUUAUUAUUGUCGCUAUUACUAUUAUUUUAACGAUUAUUGUGUUGAUUGUGGUUGUUGUUCGUAUUAUUAUGCUGAUGUCGUUUCUAUGAGCCGGGUUGGCCAAUUGUUUUCGACAAAGUAUACAUUGUGAAUAAAACAAAUUAUUUGUAAACUGGAGAAAAGAUAUUUAAACAAGCUUACGAUAGCAAAGAAAAUAAAUUAUGUAAUAGUGAUUAUGUGAAAAAACAUUAAAAAUAAAUUAUUGGUGAUAGUAAUUUUUUUUGUGACGAUAACAACAAUUUAAUAAAAUUAAUAAAAAGGCCAGUGUUUAUAUAAAGUAACUACAAUAACAGUUCUUUUGCAAAAAAUAUGAAGUAAUUGUGCUUGUGAACAUUAGCCGUGGUAUAACAUUUGUGUGCAAUUAUUAUAUAUUCGUUUACAUUAAACCAUUUGGUUCAAUUGGAAUCAAAGAUCGUUAAAGAUCCUUAAAAAAAUAAGUAAAUAAAAUUGGUAAAGUAUAUUAAAACAAAUGGAAACUCAAAGUGAUUAUGUAAAUUUGUGAAAGGACUAAUUUUAAUCAAUGAACAAAACCGAAAAAGAGUUUACUUUCAAUUCAAGUGGAUCCAAAUUUACUAUCUCGCAAAGCUUUAAAAAUCUAUAAAUAUAAAACACUAAACGAAAUAGCCGCUCACCAGCUCACCAAAUAACCUGUCGUGGCAAGUUACUCCUACCAAAGCUAGAGCCUAAUAAGGUUUAGUUUUCCCUUGAGACAGCAUUACAACCGUCAAAAUUCUUACCGCUAGCAAUAUGAAUUCCUACUUUGAACAAGCUUCGGCUGGAUUUUACGGACACCCGCAUCAGACAUCCGGUAUGACAAUGGGCACUGGAGGUCAUCAUGAUCAGACAGCAACAGCAGCUGCAGCCGCUUAUCGUGGAUUUCCGCUCUCUUUGGGCAUGUCGCCUUAUGCCAACCAUCACUUACAACGCACCACACAGGACUCCCCCUACGACGCAAGUAUCACAGCGGCUUGUAACAAAAUCUACAGUGAUGGUGCCUACAAACAGGACUGUCUCAAUAUCAAGGCCGACUCCGUGGUCAAUGGUUACAAAGAUAUCUGGAAUACUAGCGGGAAUGGUACGGGUGGUGGUGGCGGUUCUGGAGGGGGUGGUGGUUCAGGUGGUGGUUCUAACGGUUCCAAUAAUAAUGGACAGAACAAUCCUGCUGGUGGUAUGCCAGUGCGUCCAUCCGCUUGCACUCCAGACUCCCGUGUUGGUGGGUACUUGGACACUUCAGGUGGCAGCCCGGUAAGCCAUCGAGGUGGUAGUGGUGGAGGAAGUGGUGGAACUGGUGGUGGAGUUGUCGGUGCCAGUCAAGGAGGCGCUGGCGGUGUUGGAAAUGUAGGUGGUGUUGGUGUUGCCGGUGGUGUUGGUGUUGGCGGAGCAGGAACCGCAUGGAAUGCAAAUUGUACAAUUUCUGGAGCGGCAGCGGCUCAGAGCGCUAGCAGCUUACAUCAAGCCACCAAUCAUACUUUCUAUCCGUGGAUGGCUAUCGCAGGUAAGAUAAGAUCAGAUUUAACACAAUACGGCGGAAUAUCAACAGACAUGGGUAAGAGAUACUCAGAAUCUCUUGCGGGCUCACUUCUUCCGGAUUGGCUAGGAACAAAUGGCCUCCGAAGACGUGGUCGACAAACUUAUACCCGCUAUCAGACGCUCGAAUUAGAGAAAGAAUUCCACACCAAUCAUUAUCUGACCCGCCGACGAAGAAUCGAAAUGGCGCAUGCACUCUGCCUCACCGAACGACAGAUAAAAAUCUGGUUCCAAAAUCGACGAAUGAAGUUGAAAAAGGAAAUCCAGGCUAUCAAAGAACUCAACGAACAAGAGAAACAAGCGCAAGCGCAGAAGGCGGCAGCACAAGCGGCGGCGGCAGCGGCGGCGCAAGCGCAACACAUAGGAGAUCAAAACUAGGAAAAAACCACUACAAAUUAUUCAUAUUACAAAAUUAAUAAUAAUAACAAUAACCCUAAUGCUAAUAAUAUUUUUAACAAUAACUUUACAUCUAAUACAAUAUCAACAACUGGAAGAAGAAGCCUGGCAACAACAACACCGUCGUACUCCCAUAAAACAACGGCAACCAUUUGCAAUAGCAUAAUGUCAACAUCAUCGCCAACAUUAAUACCAAUGUCGAUGUCGUUGCAUUCGUCAGCGUCGUCAUUGUCCUCAUCUCCGUCACCCGCAUAUCACGCACACUCCCACACACCAACAAAUGCAAAUGCGAAUCAUUUUAUCGAUAGUUUAAGCAAUGCUAAUAUUAAGUAUAAUCGAUUGAAUUUUAUUUUAAACCGAAAUAUUUACGAGUAUUCAGCGAUGAGUAGUGGGCACAAGCUUUAUUGAAUUUCAAUAUUUUAGCGCGGAGAAGCGGAUCCAGACUACUUAAAUUGUUGCAAUCAUGUUAAGUUUAUUGCCUAAUUUUUUAUUGUUAUUUUCACAAAUCGGAAAAAUUCUAUAACUUUAUAAGAUCUAGAAAAUCGUAUACAUGAGGUGACCAGCUAUAUUUAUGUUUCCAACAUUAUUUUGUGUUAGAAAUGCUUUUCUACGUAUUCUUAUUAAAUAUUUAUUAUGAAGUAGCUUCCAUGUACAAUCAAUGUUUGUAAUUUCUUAAAUUUAAUUUCCGCUUGCUAACAAUGUAUUGCAAAUAUUGCUAUAGUAAAUGUGGGUACAAAAAUAUGAAUGUUUGUUACGUAUUCUGUUGAUGUGAAUUUUAAAUUAUUAUUGCCAUUACUCAUGUAAGCAAAAUAAAAUAUUUGUGUAUAAUUUCGCUCUUAUACUUAUUAUAUCGUAUAUAUAGUAUAGUAUAGUACCUUUUAGAUACUCUCGAAUUGAAAUCGGAAAUCACAGUCUUUUGUAAGUGUUAGUUGCUUCUAUUAGUUAUUUGGUGUUAAAAAAAUAGAGUUACUUAAAUAAAUUUCUUAGCGAAAAAAUGUGUUUCAGUUUUCUUUAGCGAAUUUGCUUUUUUCGGAACUAUCUUAGAAGAGUAUAUAAUUAUUGACGAAUACCUUAGCCAUAUAAACUAUUCGUGAGAAACUAUAUCCCUAUUCCUAAUAAAAUAGAAGGCUUCACUAUCUGUAGAAGCUGAAUUUUCAGCAAAACAAAAAUUCAAUAUUUUGUCAGUUUAUGUGUGAUCUCGUAUUUUUAUUUUUUUAAUGUAUAACUUACUUUAGUAUUUUUGCUGUACACCAGUAACCAUAAAACCUUUGUACUAAAAUAUACUACCGCAAUAUGAAGAUACAAGUACUCGUACAUAAUUUACGGUUGAUAAUUUCGUGUAAUUCUUUGAUGCUUCUUAUUUAGAAAAUAUGAAUAUGAAAAUUUAAAAUUAAAAUAUACACAUUUGUGGGAGGGGCGUCUAUAUUGCCGUUCCAUGCAGAAAAUUCACUAAUUUUAAGUGCAAUAUUUUAAUAGUAGCGUAUGGAGAUAAUAAUACUUUUAACUAAGGAAAUAACUGCAAAACUAAAAAGACAAAUAAAAUAUUAACGAACAAAAUAUUUUAUGAGAUACUUGAUAUUGGUUUGUGACAUGAAUAUUAUGUGUACUUCUAAUUUUCACUAUUUCCAUACAGAUGAAUGAAUGUCAAAAUUAGUAAUUGUGCUCAUAACUUAUAUUAGGAAUAUUUAUGUAUAUGUGUAUUUGCACAUAAGUAUUGACAUUUGAAAAUCAUAAGAAUCAUUUUAACUAACGAAACAACAUAAUUUCAAACCAUAAGGCACAAUAAUAACACGAAAAAAUAACCAUCGAGAACGCCCAAUUCCAAAUCCAAUAUAAAUUAUGUUCAUAUCUUUAUAAAUCGAUUUAUUGUGGAAACUUAUGUGUCAUUUAAGCAAUUACAUAAAUUAAACACGUUUUGAAUUCAAGAACUCAGCCAAUAAUAUUUCAAGGAAGCUUCGUCGAAAAUGUAGGUUUAUGUAAUAUAUAAAUGGAAUACAUUGAAAGUAUACUAUAGUACUUAAAAAUGUUAUUUAAGAAAUUUAACUCACACAGUAACUAAGUUAUUUUGUAAAAACAAAAACUUUGGGAAACUCGAAGAGAGCCAACUUUUCUUCAUCAGUGCAACAGAAUCCUUCUACAAAAUGUAUACGUAACUAGUGAGUAAGUGCAAAUAAUAAUAUUGGAAAUAAUAAAAAAUUUUGAUUAUUAUACAUUAAAAUUAUAUUAUUCAUAAAAAAAUUAAAUAAAUAAACUAUAAAACCAGAUACGUAAAAAAAUCAAAUUUUCACAAAAACAUUUACUAAACAUACAUAUAAAAAAAUAUAUGUAUAUAUUAAUAGAUUCACGAAUCUCAAAGGAGGAUACGUUUAUUGUGCAGUUAAAUAUUUAUUGUAUUUUAUUAAAUGAAUAAAAGUAAGUAGUAAUAACAAAAGGACAAAUAUACGUAAUUUGAAAGUAACUGAUUGUGAGGCAUAAACAAAAUGAAAAUAUUUAUGAAUAGUUAAGAAAAGUAUAAAUAUAAGAGCGCUUUGCAAAUAUUUAUAUAUGUGUGUAUGUAUUAAAGUCUCCAGCGUGAGCCCCUUUGAGUCCAUUGCGCGAGUCGAGUUUUUGAAGAAAUACUAUAUUAAUAAACUAUAUUCCCAUUAACAUAGUUUUUUUUUAUAAAUUCACAAAUUUUUAAUAUCUUUUCCCAAAAAUGCUCUAAAAUACUGAAGCAAUAGAAUAGUCUUAUAAUUAGCCGUCUAAAUUAUUGUUUUACAAAAAAAUACCGAAAACUAGUGAUCUUAAAUUAAGCAUUCAGACCCAGUAAAGAACAAAUAAGAAUUAAUUAAAAUGGCUGCGAGCCAAAAAAAAAAA